AUGGUCGUGGUCGUUGACGAGGUUGUGGUCGGCGGACAAGGCACAGUCAGGCUUUAUUCCUGCAGACCUUGUGCUGAUGGUGGUGCUGAUGGUGAUGGUGGUUGCUUCAAUGAUUGCGAAACGGUGGAUGACUUUGAAGAAUAUAGAGUUGAAUUGAGAAGUGACACCCUUUUUUUUUUCUCAGAGUGA